AUGACCCCUUCUACCUCUAGUCUAGAUAUGGUGUUUACCCUUCUUCUCGCGUUCGCUAUUCGAUGGAAGAACUUUGUGUUCUUAUCCCCCUCCCUUAACCACGUCAUUCUCGACUUUUGCCGCCAACUAAUCUUUUCUGUUUACUUGUUUGGGGCUAGCCUCCUUCAUUCUUCUUUGGCUGAUACUCUCAGAGCUAUUUAUGCUGAUGAUAGAGGUCUUGAUUCUUUUGUGCGGUCUAG